GUCCACAUCGGCACCGGCCCCGGCCCGUUGACAUGGCGAUGGAGCUUCUCUCGGAGGAGAGGAUCGUGAGCCGGAUAGAAGUCAAGGACGGCCGUCAGAUGAACUACGCCUUGCCCCUCCAACAGCUCAUCGGGUCCGGAGUCAACGGCCUUCGUCACGAACCCGUGCGACGCACAGAUCGGGGUCCACUGUCGCCAGACCCUAAUAUGGACGACCAUCCGAUGGAUAAGGAACAAUGAUUUAGCAGGGGAUCCUUCUUGUGGUCGUCUGCUUUGAUGCCCAUCGCAACACAAGCCCUCCCCCUUCCCAUCCAUUACAGCCCUUCUAUAUAUCAGUCGCUUAGGUGGGCAAGGGCGGUGAAGUAAGCGGAGAUGGGGCGAAGGUGGAGGAGGAGAACAUGGCCGCUUGGUUGGUGGCUGUUAACACCCUCAAGAUCCAACCUUUUCGACUCCCGCCUCUGGGGCCUCACGACGUUCGGGUGAGGAUGAAGACUGUCGGCAUCUGUGGCAGUGAUGUCCAUCACCUCAAGACCAUGAGGUGUGCCCAUUUCGUUGUCAAAGAGCCCAUGGUAAUCGGGCAUGAGUGUGCUGGUGUGAUAGAAGAGGUGGGCUGCGAAGUGAAGUCCCUGGUUGUGGGUGAUCGCGUGGCGUUGGAACCCGGAAUCAGUUGCGGGCACUGCAAAUACUGCAAGGGUGGCCGCUAUAACCUUUGCCGCAGCAUGAGGUUCUUCGGUUCACCCCCUGUCAAUGGCUCCCUAGCUAAUCAGGUGAUCAGGCUUAGAGUUUACUCGAAAUAUUAUAUUUCUGCUAAAAUAAGAAGAAGCUGCAAUGCCGAUUCGAAUCUUGAGGUGGUACAUCCUGCUAAUUUGUGUUUUAGGCUCCCCGAGAACGUGAGCUUGGAGGAAGGGGCAAUGUGUGAGCCCCUUAGUGUUGGGAUUCAUGCUUGCCGUCGUGCUAUUGUAGGUCCGGAGACUAAUGUGCUAAUUAUGGGCGCUGGCCCGAUAGGGCUGGUUACGAUGCUUGCAGCUCGAGCUUUUGGUGCUCUACGGAUCAUCAUGGUGGAUGUUGAUAGCUAUCGCCUAUCUGUGGCAAAAUCUCUUGGUGCAGAUGACUUUGUAAAAGUUUCUACAAACAGUCAGGACGUUGAUGAAGAGGUUAUUCAGAUACAACAGGCUAUGGGCAAUGAUAUCGAUGUGAGCUUUGACUGUGCUGGGUUUAGCAAAACAGUGUCAACUGCCUUGAAUGCCACCCGUGCAGGUGGUAAAGUUUGCCUCAUAGGUAUGGGACGUAAUGAGAUGACUGUCCCCCUUACUCCUGCCGCAGCAAGAGAGGUGGAUGUCAUCGGCAUUUUCCGCUACAAGGAUACUUGGCCACUAUGCCUUGAGUUUUUGAGGACUGGAAAGAUCGAUGUCAAGCCUCUGAUAACACACAGAUUUGGGUUCUCCCAGGAGGAGCUGGUGGAAGCCUUUGAAGUAGGCGCUCGCGGUGGUGAUGCUAUAAAAGUGAUGUUCAACCUCUAGCUUCCAAGACAUAUUGGUCAUCAAGUGCUUGUAGCAGUUAAGCUUGUCUGGAAAGAGUUGUGAUUGCAGGAAGAUGAUGGUGGUGAUGCUCUAAAUUGAUGUUGAAACUCCUGCUGAAAGACAUGGUUAUCAAGUGUUUGUAGUGUGUUCAUGUCAUUGCAGUUCUUCUAAGAAGAUGUUGGUGAUGAUGCUAUGAAUUUGAUGUAUAAAUUAUAAAUUGUAGCAGCAUCAAAAAAUGGUCAUCAAGUGCUUGUAGCAGUGUUCUUCGAUAAAAGGGGUUGAUUUGAUCAAACAAAAUGAUAUGGUGAUUGAAUGCUUC